CACUCAUUUGCCUUGCAACUUCCUCCAUAAUCAAGAAUUUAAUCUCUUCUUUUGUUCAGUCCAUUUCAUGGCUUCUAACCAAAAAUCAAUCCAUGGUACAAAAUUUCCUUUCCACGUCCAAGAAAUGGAAAGACAAAUGAAUCUUGAGCCACAAGAAAAGGAGUUCGACUACUCAAAACGAUCCCAAUGGCUUCGUGCGGCCGUCUUGGGAGCUAACGACGGAUUAGUUUCCACUGCGUCGUUGAUGAUGGGCGUUGGAGCCGUGAAACAAGACAUCAAGGCCAUGAUCUUAACCGGCUUUGCCGGUUUAGUGGCUGGAGCAUGUUCGAUGGCUAUCGGAGAAUUCGUAUCCGUUUACUCGCAACUCGACAUAGAAGUGGCUCAAAUGAAUAGAGAGAAAAGAAGCGAUGUUUCCGUAGAGAUGACGAAAGAAGAAGGACAAGAUGGAGAAAACGACGAGAGUUUACCGAACCCGGUACAAGCUGCUGCAGCAUCCGCCCUAGCAUUUUCUUUGGGUGCAAUCGUACCAUUAUUGGCUGCAUCAUUUAUUAAGGAGUACAAGGUGAGAAUUGGAGUAGUGGUGGCAGCGGUAACCCUUGCUCUGGUUGUAUUUGGGUGGUUAGGGGCGGUGUUAGGGAGGGCACCGUUGGUCCGGUCGGCUGCAAGGGUUUUGAUUGGUGGCUGGCUGGCCAUGGCCAUAACAUUUGGUUUAACAAAGUUGAUUGGUGCUAGGGGCAUAUAAAUUAACUGGCUGGCCAUGGCCAUAACCUUGUCAUUGGUUAUUAAAGAUCUUUUUAUGUUUAAAGAACUAAAUUUUACUUUUUGUACUUCGAUUUAAAAUUGUUGUGGUCACCAGUUAUCAUACUUUGUGAUUUUAUGGUUUGAUGAAA